AUGUCAGACAUAGAAGCAAUGUUCUAUCAAGUUCAAGUUCAGCCAAGCGACUGUAACUAUUUGAGAUUCCUUUGGUGGCCAGGCAGCGACCUAGAAAAGGAUCCAGAAGAAUACCGAAGGUUGGUCCAUUUGUUCGGCGGCACUUCGUCCUCAAGCUGUGCUAACUACGCCUUGAGGAAAACCACUGACCAUAACAAAGAAGACCUCGAUGCAGCCGCAGUGGAGACCGUAAAGCAAAAUUUCUAUGUAGAUGACUGCCUUUGUUCAGUUGCAACAGACACACAAGCUGUUCGUUUGGCAGGACAACUCCGUGAGCUAUUAUCCAAAGGAGGCUUUCACCUAACCAAUUGGAUAUCCAAUUCAAGAGAAGUAAUCAACUCAGUUCCUGAGUCAGAAAGAGCACCCUCAGUUAAUGAUCUUGACCUCAACAAGAAUUUAGUGCUAACUGAAAGAGCCUUAGGCGUCCAGUGGAAUGUUCAAGCAGACACCUUUAGUUUCAAAAUCGCUAACAAAGAAAAAUCAGCUACAAGAAGAGGAAUUCUGUCCAUCGUCUCUUCAAUCUACGAUCCACUGGGUUUUGUAUCCCCGUGUAUUCUACCUCCCAAAGCUAUCCUACAAGACCUGUGUCUUAAGGGCCUCGGAUGA